CAAACAGCUGAUCAAGGCAAGAAUAUGUGUCAGUGGAAUCGAUCGAACAUAAUUAAAUAGCCGUCGUCUGCGUAGAAAAAUGCUAAAGUCGAACGCUAUGUGCGAAGACUAAACUUUGAACACCUCACGGGCCGUUGAAAGGGUCGCGAUGAAUCUCCACCAGAUUGUGAGUGGGGCGUGCAAUGCCGGCGAUAAGUGCUUUGCCGUGGGCAGCGUCGAAGGAGUUCCCUUCACAGCGUAUGCUGCCGGUUGCAACAUUGUCAUACUUGCACCUACCUUUGAAAGGGUGCAAAUUAUACCUGGUGCAGUGCAUGACUACAUUCGAAUCAGUUCAAUUGACUGUUCCAGUGACACUGGGAAAAUAGCUGCUGCAUAUGAUAACAUUGUUUGCAUCUAUGAGCCUACUCCAUUGAUUAAUCCAAAUUCUACACAUGGUUUGGACUAUCGAUGGGUGCAAACUGGCACACUAAAAACUGAGUCACCAAUCAGAGCAUUAAGCUGGAACCUUGAAGGCAGCCGAUUGUUGACAGCAGGCUGUAUUGUUCAAUUGUGGCACUUGCAACCAAAUACUACCAUUCCUGAAGAGCAAGGACAAGCUGAGCAUGUUAAAUUCACUGUUGGAGGUGAAUGUGAUGCAAGUAUUGAUCCCCCUGAACAGCAAACACAUGAAGAGAAAGAUCAUGAUAUGCAGUGGCAGUGUGUCUGGAGGGCAAACACCGCCACCCCAGUCCAACAUCUUGCUUUCAGUCCGGAUGGUACUCUAUUUGCAACAUCAGGCGAAAAUGAUCGGCUGGUUAAGAUUUGGUACGAAAACAAACAUUUUCUCUUUACCAAGAGCAUCGAUCAACAUCAAGAAAUGGAAUAUGGAUUUGUCUACAUCGCACAUCCACGUGCCGUCACGCAUCUCUCAUGGCGCACAACGAGUAAAUUUAUGCCGAAGGGUUCCGUUUCCAAUAUGUUGGUCACUUCGUGCAAGGAUAACAUCUGCAGACUUUGGGUGGAAACUGUUUUACCGGAAGAUGGCUUGAUAAACCUCUCUCAACUUGAUCCACAAGCGAAUCAUCCUAAAUUUCGCACUCAUCGACAUAAACAUCGAUUUAUACAACGUUUGAAACACAUGAAAACUUGUUUUCAUAUCAGGCGACAUGCAAAACACCACGGGCAAUUAGCAGGUCUUUCAACUCCAAUUCCUACGUUGCCCUCUACGUACAGCGUACAUGACUUUCACUCCUAUGGGUAUCACGGUACCGGCGUCACACCGGGUUUACAUUUCCAUCUCGCGGCUUCCGUUAAUGCUGAAACUGACAUCCCAUUGGUGCCCAGUAUUUCAUUCUGUAAUCCGCGUCCAGCAUUCGUUCUUCACUGGCUGGACAACAAGGAAAUGCACUAUAACAUGCAAGCAGAGUCACUAGUCAAAGAACUAGCGCGAAGGGCUGUGGACAAUCCCGAUGAGGAAUGCAAUGGUGACGAUCCUGCGAUGGAUAUGCCUAUACUUGAUACCAAAAUAGAAACAUUAUUGCGCGAUUGGCAUCACAGCCCUGAUCUUCUCUUCAGUAUUCAUCCGGUGGACGGCAGCUUCUUGAUCUGGGUGAUUGAAUGGUUGGAUGAGUUCCACCCGGGUUCUUUCCGGCAGGCGCAGGUUUCAUUUGCGACCAGAAUCCCCGCUGCUUUCCCCGUGGGCGAUUCUCUUAGUAUGUCUACGAUGAUUGCAUUGUACAGCGUCGCUGAUUGUAUUAAACACUUGGUGAAAGAUGUCAUUACGAAAGAUGUGAAUAACGGCACGGCGCCUGGGAAUAAUCUGUCGAUAGUUAAAGAAGAAGACGAGAAUGCGUCGACUGCCGAAGUGAGGCAGGAGGUGCCCGUUGAGGAAGAGCCGAAAAAUCCUUCACCAGUGGUUUCGUUGGUUACUAAGCACGAUAAUGGUACAUUAAACCUGUGGCAGCUUACAUUUGCGGAUAAGAGUAAAUUCAGUCAGGUACUAAGUAUUGGACACAAGAGUCGCGCUUCUGGCCAUCGUUUCCGCGUGAAUGACAUCACCUGCCAUCCGGUAUUGCCUUUGUUAUUAACUACUAGUCAUCAUAAUAUUGUCGAGCAGAAGGAGAAACACAGCAAAAACGGUUUCUGUAGCGAAUUGAUUCUAUGGAGAGUAGACGCAGUUGGUCCACUAUCGAAAUCCGGUGGAAUAUGCGAGUUGGCACGCAUUAGUUCCCCAGAACCAUCCGCAUUCAGUAAUGUUGCGUGGAUUCCAACUCUUCUGCCCUCUUCUACUCUAGGAAAUUUAUCCAACUCUCCAAGCGCGUGUUUUGUCGCUUCAGAUGGGCACUCAUUGAGAGUUUACCAGGCUGUCAUUGAUGCUCGCACACUUCUCGCGGAUAUCUCUUGUAAAGAACACCGCCUUAACGAUUCAACGGAGAGUUUAACAGAUCUAUCCAGUUUGGACGAAGCCAGCCUCCUGGAAAAAAUCAACAUUGUUUCCCAGCAGAGCACAUCAAGACCUGGAUGUAUAAUUCAAUUGGAGACUAUAUCGGAAGCCGUGCGUUAUCAGAAUACUACUUUCCUGCACGUUUAUCAGGAGCAGUUGAUUACCGGCGAGCGCAGUACCGCCGCGCCCAUUAAUCUCACUGGGCAUGAUGCCAUGGUGGAUCUUCAACAGAACAUCGUCUUUGAGCAGCCAUUUUAUAUCGUCCUGCUUGAUUGCACCGAUUUGCAUACUAUAAUACAUAUGUGGAAGUUGACCAUUGCUUCUAAUGAGAGUGACGUUAACUUGUCCGGUAGUCAGAUGUACGUACCAGAUUGUAAUCUGGUGCAGGACGAAAACGAUUUGAGCAGGAAGAAUAGCAUGGAGAGUUUACAUGAGAAACAUGCCAAAGUUAGUCCGCACAUUAAUAUAACGACUAUGAGGGAAAUUAAGCAGGUUCUACCUUUGCCGGAUGGCGUCGAAAUUGUUCAUGCUACACCAGCUGCGGGACACUUGAGUUCUGCGUCGAUUUAUCCCGCAUGUCUCGCGCCAUAUUGUUUUGCAACCGCAUGCAGCGAUGGAAUUAUUCGUUUCUGGACAAUAUCACACAACUCUGCACUUGUAAAAUCUUCUAGGCAUCUCAUGUUGGAAGAAGAUGGAGAAAUGGUGAACACUGGCAAGAUCUGGACCGAAUGGAACAUGAUCAAAGAAUCAGCGAUUGAAAUAGAGGGUCAAAUCCUAAACAUCAGCGUUGCGUAUUCGGGUCGAUUAGCGGUAGCAUACAAAUAUGGCCGCAGCUUCACUCGUCCCAACAAAGACGAUCAUGAUUCACGAUACAUCAAUCUUUGCGUUGCUAUUUAUGAGUGCGAGUCGACCGGAGGGUCCGAAUGGAUUUUGGAAGAUAUAAUCCAUCUGAAAAAUAUUCACUUGCCGCGUAUUUCACUAGACAGACAUCUUGACCUCAGCUAUCUGUACGAUUCGAAAACAUUGAAGAAGAAACAACGCAUUAACGAAGUAUUACACACAUUCUCAAACGAUGAACGUCUUAGUAUGGCGUCAGAGCAAGGCAUAAAACCCACAUUACUCGCGGUUCCUAGCUUCAGCACUUUGCAGAGCUUAAGGAAGUCUAUCUCGGAAAUGGGCAAUAUAUGUCCCAUUACUCAGAAACACAUUGUACAAUUGGAUUGGGUAUCCAAUGAGGACGGGUCGCACAUUCUGACAGUUGCGUGUGGGUCGAAAAUAAUGCUGUACACGCCAUUAUCCACUGAUUUGGCACAAGCGAAUGUUAAGGCGAUGAAGGAGUCGAUUAACAACAAUCGGCCCAUUUUGAGAAAAGCUAGUUCCUUUGCUCAGCCAAUGUUUGUUGAUGAUUUUAAAUGGAUGACUUUACGUAAGAUUGAAUUGGCGACGGCAGAUGGUUUACCCGCGUUGCCUAUGCAGAUAAGUUGGGUGCGUGAUGGCAUCCUAGUGGUUGGAAUGGACUCCGAAAUGCACGUGUACACACAAUGGAAGCCCCAAGUUCCUGUAUUGACUAGUGGUAAUGAUGAAGAGAAGCGCGGUGGACGUGACGUAGAUUUCCGCACAUUGACCCAAGAAAACCAACGAAAGUUAGCGUCGAUUCCAACCUUAGGGCGUAUCAGCUCGAUGAACCUUCAAAUACUCGACAGGAAACGCGUAAAUAAGGAGUCAAUUGACUACAUGCCCGAUUAUGGGCUCUUUGAAGCUUCUAGAAUUGCUUGCCCGGUAUUGCCACAAUAUCACCCCAAGCAGUUGAUGGAACUUCUCAAUUCCGGGAAGAUUCGAUGGGUAAAGGCUAUCUUGUCACAUCUAGUGAAGUGCCUUGGUGGUGCGACAAUUGAUAAUAAUGAAGAUAUGCAAGGCUGGGCUCGCGCACGCACACUAUCCGUAAGUUACCCAGCGGGUUCACCAGAACAUCGCGCCAGUAUUGGAGAGAUUACUCUAGAUUACGACGAAAGUAAGAAUAUCCCACCAUUACCAUUAUGGACUCUUCUCGCAGCGGACAAAGAACGGCCAGCGACCCAGGAAGAGAAGAAGGAUUACAACGAGCUCUUCGAUAACAACCUGAACAUGGAAGAUAACCUUGACACCCUUUUGGAGGACGAUGAGGGUGCCCGAUUAGAGCGUCGUCCUUCUGAACGUAUUACAAGUAUUGCACAUUUCACUCCUCGACAGGGUCGUAUUUUAUCCCGUCUUCUCACCCACACUCACCUUCCUGGUUUAUCAUCUUUGGAUCAGAUGCAUUUGUUGGCUUUAGCUGAUACUGUUUCAACUUGUAACACUGACCUCGCUGAGCGGUUUGCUAUUGAUGCAGCUAAAUCAGCACUGGCGAAGGAGAACUUGGUCGGGCAGUCGGAUCAAGUGAUCACAGACUCUCUCGAUGAUUGCGGCCUACGCUUUUUGUUAGCGAUGAAACAUUACAGUUACCUCCUACGUUGUCUACCAUUAGCGCAACGCGCUCAAUUCCAGAAGAACGGAGUUGGGACUAAUAAUCUAGCCUGGGCGUAUCAUUCCGAGAGUCAAGAGGAACUCCUCAAUCUCAUUCCGAGUUAUGCGAAGGGAGAACCGACGUGGUUCCUCUUGAGGGAGUUGGGUGUUGGUUGGUGGGUGCGCAAUAUUACCUUGCUGAAGCAAUGUGUCCAAGUAUUAGCGAAAGCAGCGUAUUCGGCAAAGCAGGAUCCUUUAGACGCGGCGUUGUUCUAUAUCGCGAUGAAUAAAAAGAGCUUACUUUGGGGGUUGUAUAGAUCCAAGAGAGAUGACCGCAUGACAGCAUUCUUUGCGAAUAAUUUCACCGAAGAGCGCUGGAGGAAAGCUGCCUUGAAGAACGGUUACGCUUUGUUGGGUAAACAACGAUUUGAACAUGCGGCAGCAUUUUUCCUCUUGGCUGGAAGCUUGAAGGACGCUGUUGAAAUCUGCCUGCAUAAACUGCAGGAUUUGCAGUUAGCGAUUAUCAUUGUAAGAUUAUACGAGGGUGAUGGUACGAGUUUGAAGAAGUUACUGUAUGAAGAAAUACUAGGGUGUGAUGCAGAAGGUAACGAACAGGACAUGUCCCGCGCACACCCAGAUCCUUUUCUGCGAAGUAUGGCGCUUUGGACUCUCAAGGAACAACAGGCGUCCUUGAGUACCUUGUUAUUGGGUAAUGCAGGAACAAUGCAUCCAUCUCAUGAUGAUGAUACUAAGGAGAGUAAAGAAGCAGAUCCGAACGUGUUCAAUUUUUAUGUCUACCUACGUACUCAUCCACUGCUGAUUCGUCAACACGUAGCCAAUUCAGGGAAUAGGAAGGUGUGGCUUCCAGGCGGCAAGCAGGUCAUUGUUGAAGAGUCUAUUACUCCUCUGGAGCGACAGUUGUAUUUUACAACAGCACAUGGACAUUUCCGCGCGGGUUGUCCUGCUUUGGCCCUCGAGGUCCUUUCAAAGUUACCGUAUGUUGUUAGUGAUCCGCUUAAGCAGGCGGCGACCCCCGGUUCAGAAAAAUCAGAGAAAGUACCAUGCAAGACGUCGGAAGCAUUGAUCAACACAGGUACACUUUCCUGGGAACCGCAGAGCGCACAACCUCAAGCUCAAUCCUCAAUGGAUUUCGACUGGAGUGCCCCUAGUACGGUUAAAGCAGACGAACUCGUGUUGAAUUGGGAUGAUGAUGAUGCGGCCGCUGAAGAAUCUGACGGAUCCGAGGGUGGGCUUAAGAUGACAGCCAAGUCUAACAAAUCUGAGGAACGGCCAGAAGACGAGGAGGAAGAUAAAGAUGAAGAUACAGGACCAGAACAGAUUGACGUAAUGGCGCAGCAGUUGAAAUUCGUUGCGUGUCUUAAAAUCCUAAUGGAAGAAUUGUCCACUCUAGCAACUGGGUUUGAAGUGGAUGGUGGUCAGCUUCGCUAUCACCUAUACAAGUGGCUGGAAAAGGAAGUCGAUGCGCUACGAGAAUUAUGCAAUUACACAACAUCAGAACUUGUUGAUCCCAUUGACCACGAUCCAAACGCUGAUGUGGAGAAUCCCGAGAAUCGGGACAGGCCUACCUUGCACGAAAUACUCAUUCAGGAAAAAUUGGACUUUGAGGCGAAGGUGCAACGCGCAGCAAAACGCAAGCGCUGGUUACGUGCCAAUGAGACUCUCAUCAGGACACUGUUAAGUUACUGUUCUUUACACGGUGCCACCGGGGGAUUAGCUUCUGUUCGCAUGGAAUUGGUACUACUCUUACAAGAACUCCAACAAGAGAAAACACACCAGCAAUUGUUGAGCCCAUUGCCAUUCCCAACAAGUCUACCAUUAUUAGCCGCGAGCGUUGCUAGCAGCAAAACUGUCAUUGCUGAUCCUAUUAGGUAUCUUCAAUGCCUCACCCAUGAUAUGUUGCAGACCGUUGUGGAGUUGGUUAAACCAACGGCGAAUCAAUCUUCGUUAACUGUCUUGAGAGACUUGGCUGUCGCAUUAUCUGCGUGCAUAUACCAAUCGUUAUGUGAUUCUGACACGUUCAAGAGUAAUAUUCAGGAUAUUCAGGAUACAUCCAGUCAUCUGGUGGGUCGCAGGCGACGGAUGUCGAUGAAUGAAGCGCAGAAUAUUAUCACAGCACCUUCAAAAUGGCCGGGGGUCACCUCCUUGAGGGCGUUGUUAGCAAGAGAAAAAGAUGAAGAUACACCAAGGCUUACUGUUGUUUUAUGCGAAUCCUUUGUGGCUACUUACCUGUCACUUCUCCUGUAUGGUCUUGCUACCUGUGAUGCCGUUAUUCUGUAUCAUAUGGCCGGCCAUACUUUCACAACAACUACAUGGGGAAUAUUAUUCGGUGGUGGUAUUAAGAAACUUUUGAGGACGGCCAGUAUUUCCGGUAACGACAGCGCCCAGAAUACACCCACAGAAGAAGUGGGUAGCGCUGCAACAUGGCUAAAUAAGCAGCGUGUCAAAUUGAACAAUAAAAUUCUGGGACACCAGACGUCAGUGAUGAAAGAAGACAAGCCCACAUAUAGGGAGCAGUUUAUCGCGCCAGAGAUGUCGAUGCUGGCAUAUUUGCUUACAAAGCCUGACAGUGGUCCACAGGAAGACCAAAUUGAUAGUGAAUCGGAAAACGAGAGUGACGAAGAUGUGUUUGAUACGCCUACGCCGAUGACACGCACGCAGAAUAUUGAACAUUCCGAUCCGGAUUCCUAUUCAUGGUUGGUGCUUAAGUUGUCAGUGAUCCGUAUUGUUCAGGAACGCCUCACACAAUUUUUAGCGGUGGCUGGUAUUGAGUUGUCUGAAUUACCCGUGGCAAGUCCUUUAAUUCACUCCGCCCUUCGUCGAUUACACCAAUGGCAGGAUCAACUCAGAGACGAGCUGGACAAUCGUCAGUCCCCUGCCGAAUACAUUCCCGGCUGCUUCAUGGAAACCACUACCGGACCUCCCAUUCAGAAGUACCGCCAGCUGCUCGAGCCGCAUAACACGCCAUUCAGCAGCAAACCGGGGACGGGUACCGUACGCCGGCUCUGGCAUUACCUUGUCCACCAGGAAUGCGUGCAAGAUAUAUUCAUACGUGCCGUAUUCGGCAAGCGGCGUUCGCUCACCGCCCUCGACGAAGUUCUCCCUCAUCCGGAUCGUGGCCCAGAGCCAGUGCGCAUCAUCCACAAGGAGCAGGACUCCAUUGCUGCGUUCAGCCUCAAUUCGGUCACACCUGGAAUACUCGUCGUUGCGACACCAAGAGAACUACAAGAGAUGGAUAUCUCUCUACUACUAGAACUUCCUGCAUGGUUGGAGGAUGAAUGCGAGUUGGAUAUUCUCAACAUCAAGGAUCACGUGGAUCACACCGUGCCGCCAUUCCUCGUUAUCCAAAGCGCAGGUGACAAAGCCAAAGAUACACAACCGUCAAGUCCGCAACCGGGAGGUCUCGCUGGACAAAGUGGACGUGGCGCUAGCGUUAUAAAAGGAGUGAGCUUCCCAGGCUGUCAUGAUGCCGGAUUUGUCCACCUCGUGCUGCUACGGUCGGCUCAUAUGCUACGACCGCUCACUAGGCACAAAAUUGAUGGGAUUCGACGUAUUACCUCUCACCCGCUAAUGCCGCUUUACUUGACUGGGUCUCAGGAUGGAUCUGUACAAUUAUGGGAAUGGGGACAUAAUUCCCCUGUAGCUACGCCGCGUUCGGCUGGCACGUUUGCCAAAGUAACCCGUUUGCGAUUUUCGCAACAUGGCAACAAGUUCGGCGUUGCUGAUUCUGAUGGAAAUCUCAGUCUAUGGCAAGUUGGUACAGCCGCAAAUGCCAAUCGUCCAUUCUUUACGUACCAGUGCCAUAACAAAGGCAUCACCGAUUUUGUCUUCUUGAACUCCUGCAGUCUGCUGGCAACGGCCGGGCACAGCUCGGAAAGUAAGAACGUCUGCAUCUGGGACUCCAUCUUGCCGCAAGGUAAAUCGCUCGUGUGUGCCUUCACGUGCCACGAGCAGGGCGCGAGUAGUCUGGUUUACGCGCCGCAACAUCAGGUGCUAAUCUCGGCCGGCAAGCGUGGGGAUGUGUGUAUGAUUGAUGUGCGCGCGAAAGUCAUCCGGCAUCGCUUCCAAGCGCACGAGAGCGCCGUCAAGUGCGUAGCCAUAGACCCGCACGAAGAAUACUUCGCGACCGGUGCAGCGGAUGGAGAUAUCAAGAUUUGGGGAGUUAUGGUGCCGAAUCUUCUUACCGCUUUACCGUCUGAGCACGCCCGCAGCAGCUUCUUCAAGAACAUCGGUCAGGGUGUCACGCAACUCCACAUCGACGGAGGCGGUCGUUUGUUUUCUUGCGGUGCCGACGGCAGCAUGAAAGUCCGCCAGCUGCCGGAACGCGAUUCGCUGCUGAGCGAUUAAAACAAGCCGAAGCGCACUCACGAUAUUUACAAUGAUUACAAAUGUUGAGUUUUCCUAUUCCUAGCAUACAAAUAAUCGGUAAGUGAUUUUAAGCUAAUUGUUACAAAAAUAAAUGUAUCUAUUGUACAAGUAUAAUAUGCAUAUAGUUUGUACAAUAUUAUUAGACUAAUUGAAUAAUCGUUCACUUUCACCUUCACUGAAAUGACGAGAUGAUUUAAGAUAUUCAACAAUUCGAAUUAUGAACGCAUUAUUGAUUGAAAUGUUAUUGAUGCAGUGCUUUUAAAUGUUGCAUACAAGAAUUUAGAGUAGUCUCACCACUCAACGAUAACAAAUAACUUUGUUGAAUCAUAUGUAUACGUUUCGAAAUUUCCAAAAAUUUCCAAAUUAUUUUUGAAUUUGAUUUAUCUAUGUGUCUAAUGUCUACAAAUGAUGAUUACAAAACAAAAAUAUAUACAAUGAUAUUGAAACUGAA